ACACAGCACGUCACAUUUCCGUGGACAUUUACGGGAAGCACCUGAACGCAGCACCACAUUAGCAGCACUCCGGCGGCGGUGAGCAGAAAGAUGCAGACUAUAAAGUGUGUGGUGGUUGGCGAUGGUGCAGUGGGAAAGACCUGCCUGCUUAUCUCUUAUACCACCAACAAGUUUCCCUCUGAAUACGUCCCCACGGUGUUUGAUAACUAUGCUGUGACAGUGAUGAUUGGCGGGGAACCGUACACUCUGGGACUGUUUGACACUGCAGGUCAGGAGGACUACGACAGACUGCGACCCCUCAGCUAUCCUCAGACCGACGUCUUCCUCGUCUGUUUCUCCGUCGUGUCGCCCUCCUCCUUUGAGAACGUCAGAGAGAAGUGGGUGCCAGAAAUUUCACACCACUGCCCACGGACGCCCUUCCUGCUGGUCGGGACUCAGGUGGAUCUGAGAGAUGACAGCAACACUCUGGAGAAACUGGCCAAGAACAAACAGCGAGCCCUGACCUGUGAGAGCGGAGAGAAGCUGGGCCGCGAGCUGAAGGCCGUCAAAUACGUGGAGUGCUCGGCUCUUACGCAGAGAGGACUGAAGAAUGUGUUUGAUGAGGCCAUCCUGGCAGCUCUGGAGCCUCCAGACAACAAACCCAAGAAGCGCUGCGUCCUGUUGUAGACGCCACCAGAAGAAGAAGAAGAGGAGGAGGAAGAAGAGGAGGACGAGGAGGACAGGGAGGUGAUGAUGAACCCAGAUGGGAACCGAGGGGGGGAGAACCGAGGGAGGGGUGGGAGGGUAUGGAGGUGGACGAGGCAGACGUGUUUAAACAGUGCCUUCAGUCGUAGUGACUUAACUUGGGUGUGGUUUUGGAACAGACGGGCGAUUCAUGUCAGCCUAAUAUGACUAACACAUUUGAACAACACUCCUCACUACCCAGGAAACGGGGUUUUAAUAAUGGGAGGAAGCAGCACAGAGGUUUGAACUUCAGAUGCCUUGAAGACAUACACAAUGGAUGGAGUCACGUUUACAGCUGAAACUGGCGACCGCCUUCAUUAGAAAGUCAUAAAAAUCUCUGCACAAAUCAUUAGAGUCUUAAAGAAUGAUGUAAAAUGACUGAACCUAGUUUGGGGGGAUCCGUGUUUGGCCUGUAAACUGCUGGUUUUAGUUUUAAUGAUCUGCUGUUGUUUGGGUUCCUGCACCGCGCGACUUGGAAAAAUAAAAAGUUUUGAAGUGGAAAAAAUUAUGUCUUUGGUCUGCAGUAGAGAAAAUGGCACCACAUCGUCAGCUUUUAACACCGCUUCCGGGCAGCUUUUCAACCUUAUGGGAUGUUUCAACGGCAACAUCCCAUCAGAGCUUCAGCAGUCAGUGACGUCUGGAACAUGACUUCAUCCAUGUGAAAGGAAACUCAAACUAUGGCUACACUGAAUGUAAGCAGACUGUAAUCAAUGUACACAAAACAAUGGAGCAAUCUUUUAUUUAUAGUUUUAGUGCAUAGAAACAGAUCUUAACCCUCCUGUUGUCUUCAUUUACGGGCACCAAAAAAUAUAGUUUCCUUGUCUGAAAAAAAUCCAAAAAUUCAGCAAAAAAAAUUCCCCAAAUUUCUGCAAAUUUGCAAAACCUUCAAUAAGAAAAUUCCAAUCAUUCCUUAAAAGUUUCCCUUAAAAGUUUUAUUUAAAAAAAAAAAAAAAUCCCCCUAAUUUGGCAAGAAAAUUCUUGUAAAUAUUUUCAAAAAAUUAGUAAAAAUCUUCAAAAAAAAUCCUAAAAAUAUCUAAAGUGAUUCCAUAUAUAUCAGUAAAACUUCUAAUAUUUUCUUUAAGAACAUUCACAUAAAAAUCGAUUUUUAUGUGAAUGUUCUUAAGAAACAUUUUUAACAUUUCUUUUUUCCACCAAAAAAUGUUCAAAGAUUUCCCAAAAAUGUUGAAAAUGUGGACAUCAGAAGUUUCACUGAAUUUUUUUUUUCUUUCCACAUUUUCAAACCUUUAACCGGGUCAAUUUUGACCUGCAGGACAACAGUCGGGUUAAAGUGUGAAUAUUGUGUGAAAUGAAGCUACAGGUACAGAGGAAAUGAACACCCUGCAGCGUUUAUUUGUCAGUACCAGCUAACUUUAACCUGUAGGUGUUAACUUAAACGUUACACAAACUUGCAUCUAAAACCUGAAGACACGACAAUCCCAAAAUGAAAGCUCACCUUCACCCUACGAUGUACGAUACGUUCCACGACACGUCCGCCCGGCGACAGGUUCAGUGUAGCCACAGGAUCAGAUCUUUACUGACUGACAGAACACACACACGUCCAUGCAGUAGUUCACGGUGCCUACAUGCAUACUAGCAGCAAUUUAUUUUAAACUUUCUCAGUGAAAACGCUGCUUUCCAAACAAUUUUCUCUCCUAAAUUCUCCUAAAGUCGUCUGGCUACAAAUGUAGAGCAAUCACCAAAUUCAGUCAGAGUCACGGGGUUUUCACCUGACAACACGUGAAUGUUUGGCAAACAGAGGCCUUUUCUCUGCAGAAGCAGACACAGAAUCUCUAUUGAACAGUGGAUGUUCAUUAAUGUUGACUAAAAACUCUAAACUGCACACAGAUCUGGAGGCGUUUCAUUCAAGGUGUUCAGAAUCAUCAGCACCAAGAUGAUCAGAACUGAGAAUAAAUCUACAAAUUCAAUGAUUUAACCACUGUUGUCAGUCAGGGUUUAAUUUAGGUAGCAUUUCUGUUCAUCAAAUAGUCAGAAAUAACAAGAAAAUGAAGAGAUUUCUGUCAGACUUAUACUCAUACUUAUGGUUGUGCAGAGUCACCAAACACAGAUAACUGAAUAUUAUUAGAAGUGGCUUCAUGUUGCACACAGAAAACUUGAAUUUUAAGCCUUAAUUUCACUUUGAUUGUUCCAAAUGAGUGUCAAACAUCAGCAAAUGAAUCUUCCAGCUCUGGAAACGCCUUAAGAAACAAUAUUUCCUUUCCCUACUGGAGAUAUUCGCUGCCUUAUUCCUUACAACCAGUCGACACGGUGGAAAUGUUCCCUCUUUUUGUCUUAAAAUGAAGCCUAACACUGUUAAAGCAGACGUGGCCAAAGAGCAAACAGCUGUUUUACCACCUCCUCACAGAUCUCCUGCUUCUCUCUUCUCCUGACUGGAAGCCUCAAGAUGUGUUAGCACCUCCUGGAGGCCUUAAAGGGGAACGCCGCUCAGUUUAAAGGUUCAUUUGUGCCGUUUCUUUGGCCAAACGUAGACCAAAUUAUAACGCGAGGACAUAAAGAAACGUCACAGUUUAGACUUGAAUCCAUAGCGUCACCAGUUGCACCUUCAGUUAUCUAGAAGCAGCUUCACAGGGUUCAGAAGUUUUUCAGAUAUUAGAUGUGUUUCAUGAGAAUGCUGCCGAUUCCAAUCGGCACAAUGAAGAGUAAUAAAAAGACGUUUUAUUCGUCAUUCUCAAACUGAGCAACAGAAGGUGGAUUAAUUGAUUCUAAUGUUAUCUAGGAAACUAUUCAACCCUUAAACUGAACGUAUUUCCCAUCAAAAUGAACUGAAAUUCCACUUUUCUUCUCAUUUCUUUCUCUAUAGUUUUGGAGAUGACUGUUUAUUCCGAUAAUGUAUGGAUGAUUACAAGUAUUAUAGAUAUUUUUCUUUGCUCCUUUAUUGUUUCGUAGGGGAACAUUAUCGUAGCACGUUGUUUGGAGUUUUUAUUUCUUUUUUCUUUUUAGAUAUUUUUACUUAUUACUGGAUGGUUGAGUGCCAACAGUUAGAUUGAGUAUGGCCGACCUGGUUUGACAAACUAAACAAUCCUGAUUAUAAGCUUUUGAUGGCAGAAAACAGAACAGCUGAAGCAAUAAUUCCAGAUGUGGGAAACUCUGUACUGAAAGAUGAAUGUUGGAAGUUGUGGGUGUUUGGAAAUAAUAAAAACAAUACUUGAA